AUGAGUACGCCGGUGAUUGAGGAUCGAGGAUGUCGGGUGUCGAUCACAGAACAGCAAAUGGUAUGUUACUUUAAUUAUUUCUUGUUAUUUUAGGUAGAAAUGAAACAUAUAGUCAUAUUUGUAAAAGUUUCGGUAAAGACCGUUGUAUAAAGAGUUUCUUAUGUUUGUUAUACUGAUAACACAAUUAACAGUAACUUUAUAUUAUAGUCAUAAUAUUAUAGUUGUGCAAAAAUCAAUGCGGUUACUAUGGCACGCCUCAAUGGGAUGGUUUUUGUUCUAAAUGUUAUCGAGCACAUCAAACUGAAAAGACACGAACUCUGCACUUCAAUCUCAAUCGGUAUGUAAUGGUUUAUUUAAUUUUUUAGGUACCGAAACUAUUGAAAAUUUACUGUACUUUAAUUAUGAUUGGCUACAUUUUAAAAUACAUUUUUUGUUAUUUAUUGAAUAUUGUUCAAUAUUUAAAAAUUUAGUGUAAAAACGAAGAGAAUGCCUCUAUUUUGCCAAACGUAUAAUAUGUUUGUUUAAAGUUUGCUCACUUUUUGUUUGUCGACUGAUUUUAUGGUGUUGCAGAUCGCUGCUCAGUCAAAAUGAUCGCCGUUUAUCUGUCGAUCCGAAGAAUACGCUGCGAGGAUUGAUGAAAAAGUCUCCGUCGAUGUUCUCCACGACAAGCGGUAAUGUUAACAUGACUUUUGACACGUCUUUCGAAUGAGUCACGCCUUUGUUAAACAAGUUGAUAUCAAAGUUUGGAGAUUUGGUGUAGAAAGAAGUUACAGUUUUAACUUAAGUUUUAAAUUUUAAAUCUGUUUUGAGUUUUUACUAUGACUUUGCAAAAAAACGGUUUUUAAACAGUAUUUGUUAUCAAAUGUCAUUCCGUGAUAACUAUAACAACUUUUGAUCGAUUAUCAACUUGUUUAUAAGACGCGUUGUUGCCGGUUUUAUCCUUACCAGUUGUUGUUGAUAUUGUGCGAGCUUUGAACACUGACCAGAAAUAGAUGCUUAUUUCUGAAAUUGACUGCUGAGUAAACUUAUUGUGUAAGUAGUUGUUUAUGAGAGGCAUGUUGUUAAUGAUUCUUGUAUUUAAGGCUGUGGAAGUUUGUUUCUUUGAAUAAUUUUGUGGGCUUUGGAUUUAGUAAAGGUAUUGAAUGGGUCUGAACGCGUUUUUAGCAAGAAGAUUAUUUAUAAUAUUAUUAUUGAGAUGUACUACAGUGUGUGUAAAGCGGUUUUUUCGAAUAAUUUUUUGUGUUAGCAGAUAAUGAAGCUGUUUUUCCAGACGAUUUUGCAGAAUCUGCAGUUUUUCACUUGCUCUGGUUUCAUUUUCGUUUAUUUUUGUAAUUUUUCACGGAACUUCGAUUGUACUUUGAAGAAAAGCCAUGAAAUUACUUUCACGCGAGGAUUAAGGGAUUUACAAUUCUAUAUAUUGUAAGCACUAACUACGACUGCAUAAUUGAGUCAGCCACACGUGGUGACUUUGCGUGGUACGGAAGUAUAUCGAGAGUACACUUAGUUGAUUUGCAUAGAUUUACUGUUCAGAUGGGUUACGAAACUAAAAAAUGAAAUUUUUGUGAUUCAUUUGUGACUUUUGAUUAGUAUAAGAUCACGUUCAUGGUGUGAGGAAGGGUAGGGUUACUAUAAGUUUUGGCUAAAGGUUGGAAGUUUUUAAUUUUUGUUAUGAGACUUGUUUUGAUUUUUGAAUCUUAUAGUUGAAAAUGUUUUUUGUAGUUGUAAUUUGCAUUUAAAAUGGGUAAAUAUCGUGCUUUUAAGUAUAAUUGUACAGUUUUUGUUUAUCAGUAAUUUUGAAACGAUACCUAAAAUGUAUUUUUAAAGUUACGGUUUUAGGUAGUUUUUAUUACUUUGGAUAGUUUUCGUUAUGUUCACACAAGUUAGACUUAAUUUCUCGCGCAAUUGCAUCAUGUUUUAGCAUUUGCAUAAGCAGAUUGGCGCACAAGAAUGACGAAAUUUGCUUAGAUGUCUUAUAGCUGACCUUUAUUCUCGUCUGCGGAUGUUACAAUGUCCUCAGUGGCUGGCUUUAAAGCUAUUUGGUUACAAGAUGAUCCACUCUCACCCAGCUGUAGUCUAGACUCUUUGUUAUGGUUUUUGGGAAUCAAAAAUAUAAAAAAUUGUUUAAAACUUUGUAGGUCUAAUGUCUAAUCAUAAAAAUAGGCAUACUGUCUAUCUGUAAAGUUUACAGAGAAAUGGUUCAGAGUGUCUUUAGAUUAUUGUUUCGUUAUCUUGUUUAAUUAAAAUUACCCUUCUUUCACGUGUUUCAGCUCUGGAAGUACAGGAAGGUAGAAAAACUUGUGAUAUGUUUUUCUUUGGGGUCACGAGAAGAAAGAACGGUUUUGUCUAAUAUAAGAUUGUAAGGGAAGGUGUUCUGUAUGCAAAAAAGGACUGAUAACGACAUUUUUGGCUCGUGUGUGUUAGAGUUUUUGUGUCUGAGGUUAAUACUGUCGAUAUAAGGUUAAGUCAGACAGCGUUAAAUUUUAAAGUAAGGUUAAUAUCUUAUAUGCUUUUGAGACGACUAUUUAAGGUUUACUUUAUGAACUAAUAGUUUGAGUUAUUAUUUGUAGGUAUGAGUCUGCUUUAAUGGCAUUUAACGAAUUAAUUAUCAGGGGUCUAGCUUUGCAGACACUUUAAAUAGAGCUGUGCAGACGAGGCUUAACGUCUCAAUUUGUUAAUUAUGUUAGUUAAUAUUUUUUUGACGUGCGUAAGUGUAAAAUUGUGUUUUUUAUUGGCGGAAUGCGCGGUAAUAUUCAGUUGUGUAUGUUAAUAUGCUAUAUUAGAAAAAUGAAAUGGUUUCGGUGGAAGUUCGAGGACGAUUUACCUUUAAAACCGGCAAAACUCGAAGAACUAGACUUGAUCAUAGUACCUGAUAAACUUACUGAUAAUGAUGACAUUUUAGUCAAUGGAUCUCCAACUCACGAGCGACAAGCCAGAAGGUUAGUUUUACUAUUUUUAGUUGAGGUAUAGGUUUAAACUUAAUUAAUUUAAAAGAUUUUUUAAUUUAUAAAUUUCAAUUUCGAUUGUAUAAUUUGAAAAUGAAUAUUUUGAAGUAUAUUUUUUAAAAUGAUUGAAAUUGGCUGGUCGAAAUGAACGGAAUCGAAAACUUGUUCUCUUUGCUGAGUUCUGAUGUAGGAUCGUUCUUUCGUUUCACUGACACUAAUCGUUACAGUUUGUCUCCGGAAUCUCUGGACGCCGAGAAAACCUUGAGGAUGUAUUUAAUGAAGAACUUUCAACCCAUUUAUGCCAGUGAUCUCGAGAAGAAUUGCAAGGAAAUCGUGGAAACGCUGAAGGAGGCGAGUUGUUAUGACAAUCUUAAUUUGUGCUGAAUGUUGUUUUUUACACUUUGAUGAACAAUUUUCUAUUUUGGUUUAAGCAUAACAUAUUUUCAUGUUUUGGAAUCAGAAUGUUGUUAAAAUAUUUUUUUGCUUUUAGCACGAGAACGAUGGAAUGGAAGAGUUGUCUUUGCUUGUGGAGAACUUUUACAAACAGAUUGUUGAAAAGGCUAACAGAUACAGAUCCACGAACCCUGAAUUUACUUCUACUGCAUUUCUGGAGCAAGUAGAGAGCUACAUUUCUGUCAAAGGACACAAAUUUUUGUUCUGUACGAAGUAAGAGCAAUGGUUUCUGAACUUUUUUGCUAAUUAUUUAAUAACUAAUUUUUUAAAUUUUGUCAAUUUUACUACGGUUAUAUUUCAGAACUGAUGAAGAAGUUGCUGAUCUCUCCUUACAAGACAGAAUCCGUUCUUUGCAUUGGGUAACCCAAGGUUUCUUCGAAACAGCAUUGGACUUUGACUGCCCGGCAGUAGAAGAACAUCUUGAUGAUGCUGUCAAUGAAAUCGUCUACAUGAAUUCUCACAAAGCGAUCGGUGACAAACUGGCAUGUCUAGUACGAUGUUCGAAUAAGAUAUUCGAUGCUUUGAAAGCCAGCACUGAUGCUCCAGCUGGUGCUGAUGACUUCUUGCCUUCCUUGAUUUAUGUUGUACUAAAGUCGAACCCACCUCUAAUACAGUCGAAUUUGCAUUUUAUAAGCCGCUUUGCAUGUCAGUCGAGGAUCGCAAGAGGAGAGUCUGGUAAGGUUAUAGUUAGUACAAAGCUUUGCAAGGUUCAUAUGAGAACUUUGAAACUUACAGUGUAUAUUUUAGAUAUUUCUGGCAACAUCAAUAAGCUUUAUUUAUAGGCUACUACUUUACUCACCUCUCUUGUGCCAUUCAGUUUAUUCAAGAAAUGAAUGCUGAGAAGUUGAAUAUUUCAAAAGAAGACUUUGAAGCCUACACAUCUGGAGCCAAGAAAGCUCCAGUUGCCAGAAGAUCUCAUGUUUCUGUAGGUUAUAUGUCUUUUUUAAAUCAGAAACUUCAUAAUGUUGUUACGUUUGCUAACUUUUAUUGAUUUUCUUAUUGUAGGCUACAAAAUCAGUGGAGAAUUCGUUGAAGAAACUGGCAGUCUUGUCAGAAAGUCAGAAGAACUUGGAGGAGAAAGCCCAAGAAAUGGUAGAUUCUACGUUCGGCAGGUUAGACGCCAUAAAACAACGAGUAGAUAACCUUGACAAGGACUUUACCAUCCCUCCUACAGUAUCCUUGAAACAGAAUGUAAAUGGAGAAUUAGAAGUGGUACAGUUGGAUGAGGAAGGGAAUGAAGCACCAUUUGAAGAUUCUGAUGAUGCUAAAGGAUUCAGCGACAAGGAGAAUGAAGAUUCUGAAGUUGCUGUAAAGGAAAAAGUUGUUGACAGUAAAAGUGAACAAGAAGAUGGAGAAGAUGUGAAUAAAGAUGGCGAAGUGACAGAAUCAGAAGAAAAGGCUUCUGAAGACGACUCAAAAACGACGGGUAUUACUGGAGGUCAAAACGAUUAA